AUGGCGCCGAACGCCUCGCAGGAGCGCCAGGCUGCCCAAACCCUGCGAGGAGCGUACAGGAACCUCAUCAGCAAGGCCCGAAAUGAGAAGCACAACCUGGUCAGCACGGACCAGAACAAGCUUGCGGAGCUGGUCAAGGAGGCCAAUGCCCUCCACCACACGGUGGAGAAGCCCAGGGAGAGCGCCGUGGACUCGGAGCUCUUCGCCAUCGUCACCGAAAGCGGCGUGGAGUUUGUGCGGAAGCUCACGUCGGGCGCGAGGCAAGCUCGCACCCCAGACGACCUGCUGCGCCGCCUCAGGUCGCGCUACGUGACCCGCCUGGACCAGCAGGCGGCGGCAGAGAUGCAGCCCUCUGCCUUCAAGUGGUUCAUGUUUGGUCAGGACGUGGCGGGGAUGUUUGCGCCCUGCCCCACAAUCAAGCACAUGCUGGGGCCCCUGGAGGCACAGCCCAGGGUGAAACGGACCUUGGCGCAUCGCCGCGUGCAGAUAGGCGAGGUUGUGCGGCCCGAGGAGAUUGAUGACGGGGCCGACAGUGAGGCUCGAGAGACAGACCAGCAGAUGACCGACAUGUGGACCCUGCUCAAGUCAUCAAGUGGCAGGGUACCCCUGAUCGAGCUGGUGCUCAACCACGACUCCUUUGCCGAGACAGUGGAAAACUUGUUCACGCUUUCCUUCCUGGUGCGCGACCGCAGGGUGUCCCUCGAAAAGGACGAGCGGCAGGGCAUCAUGGUCAUCCCCUGCCUGGGGAGGGGCAGCAGGCCCGGCGAUGCCUCGGAGAGGGUGCAGUUCGUCAUGGACUACUCCAUGGCGCAGUGGGAGCAAUGGAAGCAGGUUGUGCCAGCCUCCGCGUGCCUGUCCCGGACGAGAGCCUACCAGCGGCCGUGCUCCGGCGCGGAGCGGCCGCAGGGGGGGACCGGCCUGGCCAGCGCACCCCCAGAGGAUACCCCCCGGGGUCAAAGGGAGUAUGAGCUGGGCUGUAUAACAACCUUGUAUGCAAGCAGUGCGACAGGAGGGUGUGACUGGGAGACUAGUGAAAAGGAGAUAAAUCACUAA